CAGGCCAAGGCUGGUGACUGGCCUCCAGAUAUUUAAAAAGGACGAUAGCCCCUCCUUAGUCAGUUGAGCUGACAGAGACCCAGCAGGCAGACUUGACCUUGGUCAGAAAGUCUUCAAGAUGCCCAACUGGGGUGGAGGAGCGAAGUGCGGAGCCUGCGAAAAGACAGUCUACCACGCGGAAGAAAUCCAGUGCAAUGGAAGGAGUUUCCACAAGACCUGUUUCCUCUGCAUGGCCUGCAGGAAGGCUCUGGACAGCACCACGGUCGCAGCGCACGAGUCGGAGAUCUACUGUAAGGUCUGCUAUGGGCGCAAGUACGGCCCGAAAGGGAUCGGGUACGGACAAGGUGCCGGCUGCCUCAGCACAGACACGGGCGAGCACCUGGGCCUCCAGUUGCAACAGUCCCCAAAGCCAGCACGUCCAGCGACCACCAGCAACCCUUCCAAGUUCACUGCGAAGUUCGGAGAGUCAGAGAAGUGCCCUCGAUGUGGAAAGUCCGUCUAUGCUGCUGAGAAGGUGAUGGCAGGUGGCAAGCCCUGGCACAAGACCUGUUUUCGCUGCGCCAUCUGUGGGAAGAGUCUAGAGUCCACGAAUGUCACUGACAAAGACGGGGAACUUUAUUGCAAAGUUUGCUAUGCCAAAAAUUUUGGCCCUACAGGUAUUGGGUUUGGAGGCCUCACACAGCAAGUGGAAAAGAAAGAGUGAAAAGUGUCCCCAUUCUCAGAUCUUCCGGCAGCCUGAAACAUUUCCCAAGUGAUCCUGUCCAGGACACCCUUCCCCAAACACCCUCUCGUCGGUCGUCGGACAGUGCUUCUCUUCAGGAGUGACCAGUCUUUACCCAGAGUUAGGAGAGACCUUUGGAAGAAAAUUAUUAAGAGUUCAAUCUGUCACAAGUGUUCUAUCAUUUACGGUACCUGGGAUGGGAGAGGUAAUGUAAUAAAUGCUUUAUCGGCACCUUGUA